GUUCACGCGAACAAAUUUCCUAUCGACAUUUUUCUCCAGACAUUUGCCCGUGGUAUCGUGAAAAUGGAUGAUAUAACUAAAUUCAAUUUUGUCGUUGAACAACUCGCUCCAGCCGUUCCAGUCAAGCUUUCGGCUCUUCUAAGCGCCAGAGUUCGCUCGGUCAGUGUUUGGAUGGCUACUUACGGUGACAGUGUGAUCAAUAACAUCACUGUGAUAAUGCGACAAAUUAGUGCGCAAAAUUGA